AUGUCCACCCCCACCAUCCCCCCUCGAGAACCCUACACCCUCCCCCCCGCCGCCUGCGCCCUCCUACUCACCUCCACCCGCCUAUUCGUGCGCGACUACAUGUCGCGCUACGACGCCUCUCACGACUGGGCCCACAUCGAGCGGGUGUCGCGUCUCGCCACGCGGCUGACCCCUCCCUCCGCCGACCACGGGCACGACGCGCUACUGAUCCAGCUCGCCGCGCUGCUGCAUGAUGUCGGGGACCAUAAAUAUUCUACUGGUGGGGACUCAGUGGAAAUGGUGGUCGCGCACGUCUCGUACUCUUCCGAGAUCGCGAACCCGGCCGCGGUGCGCGCGGUGUUGGCGGUGUACCCCGAGUUGGCGGUAGUGCAGGACGCGGACCGCCUGGAUGCGCUGGGGGCGGUGGGGAUUGCGCGGUGUUUUGUGUUUGGCGGGGUUGUGAGGAACGCGAGUCUGCAGGGGUGCGUGGAGCAUUUUGGCGAGAAGUUGGUAAAGAUUCAGGCGCUCAUGAAGACGAGACUGGGGAGGGAACUGGCCGUGGAGAGGACUAGGAGGGUAAACGAGUUUUGGGGGUGGUGGAGGGAGGAGAAUGGCGAGGGGGAGGAGGAGGUGGGGGUGCCAGAGGAGAAGGUGGAAAUGUAG